UAUUUUUUGUAUUCCCACCUUUUCUUCUUCCCAACCAAUCUGAGCAGAUCACAUUGUUCCAAAAAAACACUGAACGUUUGCUCGUAGUUCCCUUUCGUUCCGUUCCGUUCCGUUCGCGUCUCCCCCCUUCUUUUCCGUCAUGAAUACCCGUUCGCACGGAUCCUCGCGUGCUACUGGGGGCGGAGCAGCGGCAUCCGCGGUCUCGACCUCUGGAUCAAGCGCAUCGUCGGCUUGGCCAGCGUCGACCAGUAGUCGACAGUUGACGCUGGGCGGCUCGUCGACCUUCCUAGCGCCUUCUAUCUAUUCGUCGGCGCAGUAUCCGUCCGGCGGCCUGUCCAGCUCGUACACCCAAGGCUCUGCCACGAACGGCGGCUCGUUUUCAAACGCAGGGUUUGGCGGGUCGUACGGAUCGUCCUCGCUGAGCGCAUCAUCGUCCGGCACGAACAGUCGCGCUUCCGCAAACGCCGCUGCUUCCGCAGCAGCAGCAGCAGCAGCGGCAGCAGCAGCGGCGGCGGCAGCAGCAAGUGGCGCCAACGCCAGCUCUGGCAAAAAAACCUGCAAUUGCAAAAACUCGCGCUGCCUCAAGCUCUACUGCGAGUGCUUUGCCAGUGGCCAGUACUGCGACCCUUCCUGCAAGUGCGUCUCUUGCAGCAACAACGAAAGCAAUCAGGAGGCUCGGCAGCAGGCAGUGGAUGCUACGCUCGAGCGCAACCCUGCCGCCUUCCGGCCAAAAAUCAACUCGGCCGCCACAGAGUCUUGGGCACGGCACUCCAAAGGGUGCCACUGCCGCAAAUCCAACUGCCAGAAGCGGUACUGCGAAUGCUACCAGGCUGGCAUUCAAUGCACAGCGCACUGCAAGUGUGUCGACUGCAAAAACCACUCUCACUCUGGCGGUUUUGGCGAUGAUCCACCUCGAGGCGCAUCGUCUCCAAGUAUUAUUGCCAGCUCGUCGACCAACCUGCCCUCCGUGAUUGCUGCCGGUCCAUCGUCCUUGUCUUAUACGUCGUCGUCAGGGAGCUCUGUGGCAGGCGCAGCAUCAGCGCAGCUCGCCUCGUCUCCAGCAUCAGCAGCAUCAACACCAACCACAGCAACAGCAGCAGCAACCAAUACAGCCUCAAGCGGCCCCCGCAAGCGGCCACGAAUCAUAGAAACCAUCACUGAGCGUGCUGAUUCUUCGUCAUCUGUGCCAGUUCUAGCUAGUGCGCUGCCCUUGCAUUCACCCAACGGCGAUCUACCUCUGACCUGGUCGUACAUGCCAGAACACACACGAACGCGCUUUUCCAUUGGCCAGAAGCUGCAAUCAGCGCAACUGACUGCCAUUAGUGACAAGAUAGUAGGGUCGCUCGACCCGGCCAUUUCGUCACGCGAUCUGAACACUAGCCUGCAAGUUUUCAACUUUAUCGACGACCCAGUAUCCGACAUUGGUACUUCGCCAAUUGACGGCGAGCACUCGAUACACGAGAAUGGCGAUUAUGCACAAAGCUUGUCGGCAUUCCAUGGGCUGUCUGCGCCUUCGUCGCCCAAUCACGAGCCACUGUUGUGCUCGGAGCAAUCCACCGCGUUCGAUAAUCCGCUCGACUCCACCUUAUUCAACUCCAGCGAGCGCCUCAUUUUGCAAGAGCUUUUCGACGGACUUCAAGACUUGCUCCCCGACGCGGGCUCGAGCGACUUUUUGCACGCGUCGUCAGUGCUCGAAAUGACGCGAUAGCAGCAACCUGCAACAGGCGCGAUUUCCUCAUCCUAGUUUUCUUUCUCGGUUUAUUCGUUCAUUCGUGUCUAAUUAUUUCAACUCCCGCCGCCGUCCCCGCUCCCGCUCCCGCCCCCGCC